AUGUACGCUCCUCCGGGAUCCACCGUGACUGGAGUUCGCAGGAGGAGAGGUGGCUCUCUGCCCAAACAGCCCGAGCGGAGCCUUGUGUCUGCUCUCCCCGGGGCUCUGUCCAUCACAGCCCUGUGCACCGCGCUGGCUGAGCCCGCUUGGCUCCGGAUCCACGGGGGAACCUGUCCCAAGCAGGAGCUCGGAGUCGCGGACGUGCUGGGCUACAUUGACCCGAAGCUUUUGGAUGAUUACUGUGUGAACCCACAAACCAUCUUGCUACUGAGAGUGAUCGCUGCCUUUUGUUUUCUUGGCAUCCUCUGCAGUCUGACAGCUUUUCUCCUGGAUGUGUUUGGGCCUAAACAUCCAGCUCUCAAAAUAACACGCAGAUAUGCAUUUGCACAUAUUCUCACUGUUCUACAAUGUGCCACAGUCAUAGGCUUCUGCUACUGGGCUUCAGAGCUCAUUUUGUCUUUGCAACAGCAACAUAAAAAGUACCAUGGCUCCCUCAUAUACGUGACUUUUGCCAUAAGCUUUUAUCUGGUGGCUGGAGCUGGAGGCGCCUCAAUUCUAGCAACAGCUGCAAAUCUCCUGCGCCACUACCCGACUGAAGAGGAGGAGCAGGCCUUGGAGCUGCUCUCUGAGAUGGAGGACAGCAGUGAAACCUUUCCUGCUGAUUAUGACAUUACCAAUCAAUUUCAACCACCACCUGCCUACACACCUUAG